UGUGGAUGAAGCAGGAUGUUGGCCUGGCUCCUGCUCGCUCUGUGCCUGGUUCUGACGCACAUGGGGGCCCUGGCGCAGGGACUCUGCUCCAAGGGGGCCCCUGAUGGCUACAAAGUGCGCCUCAGCAUUGUCACAGCCCUCGGGCCUGAAGCGUACGUGUGGAACGAGAGCGAGAUGUUCCUGUUCAGAGCCACUCUGGCCUUCGCCAUGAGGAGACACUUCAACACAGAGACGUACAAUGUCUCCAACAUAAUGGUCUGUGAGAAGACGCCACGCGUGUCCUUUUGGUUUGUUGUGACCAACCCAUCGGACCCGUCACAGCUUAUACCUGGGGAACAGGUGGAAUUGGCAGUCAGGCAGUCGAGGAAUCGGAUUAACAGUGCCUUCCUGUUGACGGAUAAAACGCUGCAGUUUGUGGGUAUCGCCCCUACGCUGGCCAUCCCGGUUGAACCCGCCACCCCGCCCUGGCUCAUCGUCUUCGGAGUGGUCAUCAGCAUCGUCACCGCUGGCAUCCUCGCCAUCCUGCUGUCCACACUCAUGAGGAGGAUACGGAAAGAGAAACCGGCGCACGAGGAAGAGAAGCUGGAGAAUAUGUAUGAGAACGAGUUCACAGAGGUCAAAUCCGGAACCCCCAACGGCGCAUUCGCAGACGACGAGCCACACACGCAGCUGUAGGACAGGAGAACGUCCCCUCAGCAACAAACUGAGGAGAAAAAACCCCAAAAACAUGUUAAUUCUGCACCUCGUGGCGUAAACAACAAGGAACGUGCAAAAACACCAGCUGGACUUUCUUCUGCAAAUCUCCCAUCCGACUACAAAUCACAAAAUGUGCUUGUGCAUUUGAUGGGUAAGAUCAUAUUCACUAAAGCCCAGUGCUUCUGAAAUACAAAUUCACCAAUUUGAUUUGCAAAUGUGCGAGGGAUUGAUUUUGAGAAUGGACUGUAAGUGAGGUUAAAUGCCUGAGGAAAUUGAUUGAGCAUUUGAUGAUUAGCAAUUGCAAUUUUUUCAGUGUGAAAUGCAGUUAAUGAUAUGAAGAGAAUACUGUCAGAUAGUGCAAAGCAUGUAUGCUAGUAUACAGGUGCAGGUUUCUAUGUAUAUGUUUGUUGUUUUUAAAAUACAAUCAGUGGAAAAUGUAUUUUUACCAGGACCUGAGGAUGGUACUUUUAUUUAAUAUUUUUUCAUCUAUGUCUGUCCAUGAACACCAUUGAUUAUUUGCAAGAAACUAAUUGUAUUACUAUUAGUAAUACUAAUCAUAAGCAAUAAUACAUACUACUAUUGCUAUGUUAUAAUAAAACAUAACAAUAUGUGCAAUAA